AUUGAAAUUUAAAACCAUUUUAAGCAUCGUAGAGAGCUGAAACAUUUUAAGGAGCAUCUACUUAACUUCAUAAAUUAAUCAGAAACAUACAAAACAGGAGUUUUUCUAAGAUUUUCUUUUCCAUUAAAUUUGUAAAAUGGAGUUGCGAGUUGGAAAUCGGUAUCGAUUGGGAAGAAAAAUAGGAUCUGGUUCAUUUGGCGACAUAUAUUUGGGAACAAAUAUUUCCACAGGAGAGGAAGUGGCAAUAAAGUUGGAAUGUAUCAAAACCAAACAUCCUCAGCUGCAUAUCGAGAGCAAAUUCUACAAAAUGACUCAGGGUGGAAUAGGAAUUCCAACAAUAAAAUGGUGUGGCUCUGAAGGUGAUUAUAAUGUCAUGGUGAUGGAGUUGCUCGGACCAUCGCUUGAGGAUCUGUUUAACUUUUGCUCCCGCCGAUUUUCUCUGAAAACCGUUCUACUAUUAGCUGAUCAAAUGAUAUCACGCAUCGAUUAUAUUCAUUCACGCAACUUCAUUCAUCGUGAUAUCAAGCCCGACAAUUUCCUCAUGGGCUUGGGAAAGAAAGGAAACUUGGUUUACAUCAUUGAUUUUGGACUUGCGAAGAAAUAUAAAGAUGCAAAAUCGUGUAUGCACAUACCCUACAGAGAAAACAAAAAUUUGACAGGAACAGCUCGUUACGCUUCAAUCAAUACGCAUUUGGGAAUAGAACAAUCAAGACGCGAUGAUUUAGAAUCAUUAGGCUAUGUGUUAAUGUACUUCAAUUUGGGAACAUUACCGUGGCAAGGCUUAAAAGCUGCAAACAAGCGCCAAAAAUAUGAAAGAAUUUCCGAAAAAAAGCUUUCAACCCCAAUUGAAGUUCUAUGCAAGGACUUUCCUGCCGAGUUUCCUACCUACCUGUCAUACUGCCGCAGACUUGACUUUAUUCAACGCCCUGAUUACUCAUAUUUGCGAAAACUUUUUCGUACACUGUUUCAUAGUCAAGGUUUUACAUACGACUAUGUAUUCGACUGGAAUAUGCUGAAAUUUGGUGGUCCACGUAGCAGCAACAAUCAACAGGAGCAGCAAGAUACAACAGCUGAAGGCUCAAAUAGACGAAACAUCCAAAUGGUUCAACACAAUACAAAUGACGAACCAAUGGCAUCAAACUCACGUAACCAAUACGACAACAAUGAGCGAAGAUCAUCAGUUAGGAUUCGCGGCCAAAACUUAGAAACACGAAACAUGAGUAAAUAAUGAUGAUUGAACUUUGAAAAAAUAAGAAUAGAAUCAACGGAUGAUUUAAGGAUAUGAAAAAAAAAACAUUUAAAAACACUUUACACAUAAGGUAACGAUACAUACUUAAGUUAAUAACAUAAAUGUUAGGUAAAUGAUUUUAAUAUUAAUAAUAAUAAUUAAAAAAAAUAAUAAUAAAAGCCUAUUAUUAUUAUUAUCAACUGAUGCGUCAAGAAAGAACUCAAUGUAAUUAAACAAAAAAAAAGAUUAAGUGAAAUAGGGAAUGAGGAUUUUGAAAUAUUCUGUGUAAGAAGAUAAAAUUAAGUUAGACUAAAGUUGUCACAGCAUGAACUAAUCUCUUUGUUAAGAAUCGAAAGCUUUAUAAAAGAUACUUAGAUUGAUGAAUUUUAUGAAGUGAUCUUUGAAACAAAGAAAGACAUUCGAAGAAGAAGCAGAAAAAGUUUAAGGAAUGUGAUUCAAAAGUCUUAUAAAAACAAAUCAUGAAAGAAAAAUGUAAAUGAAAUUGAGAUUGGCUCAUAAUGUGACAACUAAAAUCUGAUGAAAAACAUUAAAACAUGACUAAAUGUAGACAACUUUUCUGUGAAUUGAAAGAUUUAUUGUAAUCUUUGAACAUCAAAUAUUUGGAUGAAAUGUUCAAAAGUUCGAACAUUUUCCUACUUCCUUCUAAAAGUUUACAACAGAAGAAAUUUUAUAAGUUUUACAUGUUAAAUAAUCGUAAAAUUCGCGUCAUCAUUUCACAACAUGUUAUCUAGGUAAUUAUUUUUCUUUAACUUUCUUUUCUUUUAAAGUAAUGGGUCGGUAGAUAUUGGACUUACUUUUAAGAAACUUACCUUAAUUCUUUUUUCUGCAUCGAUCCACGGUUUUCAUAAUUAUAGCAUUGUCUUAGCAAGAAACAAGAAUCAUAAUUAUCGCUUUGAAAAUUCACCAAACUAUAUCAAGCUACAAAUGGUUCUCAAUAUUUUUUUGUCCCUUUUCAUUUUAAGGCCAACAUGUGUUGUGUAAAAAUUAUUAUGCAAAAUUAAAUCAAUGCUUUAUUUUAAUGGCAUUAAAGAUAUUUGAAGUAUGUAAAAAUAAAUGUAUUGAAUAAUUUUUUUUAAAAAAAUCCUUCAACUGACUUACAUAAACAACGUUCAUUUGUUCGUUUAUAAGGAAUUUCCAGCAUUUUUUCUUUCCUAAAAUGAAACUGUGGAAAAUUUUGUAUUUACAUACAUUUUGUGACUGCUGUAAUAAAACCAGUUUUUCAUCCG